GGACGAAUCAGCCGAAAUACCCGGCUAGUUUUCUGAAGUUGCUGACAACUACGGACUGGUACAUGCAUCAGCUGGAGAAGCAGGAACGAGGAGGAGAGCAGGAGCAAGCAUCUCCUGCAUCAGGAGCAGUCAUCAGGAACCCCUUGACCACCGCGGCCACACGAGGGAGUUCCACGGGCUUUAAUCCGCCGUCGCGGGGACGCAGCUAUGCCAGAGGUAGUACUUCUAGCAGGAGCCCGUCUCGCUCUGUUGAUCGCACGCGCCCGGGUAGUUCUAGACGCAGUCCUAGCCGCUCAGGUCGUUCUACAACUCCCACCAUUCGUGGAGGAGCCCAACAAGC